AUGUCUAAUCAGAACGACAACUACACCGUUGGCUGGAUCUGCGCGAUCGAACCCGAGUACCUUGCCGCAGAGCUGUGUCUCGACGAAACGCACCCUCGCAUGACAUGUCGCCUGUCGCCGAACGACACCAACAUAUACGUUCUCGGCAAGAUCGGUGACCACAAUGUCGUCAUUGCCUGCUUGCCAAAUGGGUCAUAUGGCACGAUAUCUGCAGCAAACGUCGCUACGAAUAUGCUGCGGAGCUUCCCCAACGUCAGAAUCGGCCUGAUGGUCGGCCUCGGUGGCGGUGCCCCAACUCCUGAUAGUGAUAUCCGGCUGGGCGAUAUUGUGAAUACAGGGUUCGUAAAUCGGCCGCCAACAAUCCUGCUGAACGCGGUGAUGAAACUCAGGGUCGACUACAGGAGGAGACCCGGCAGCCUCGAAAAGGCCAUUGACCACAUUCUCGAGAAGGAGGAAGAAGAGCUACGGGAAGACCUCGGCCGGCCAGACCCGAGCACCGACAUUCUAUACCGAAGUAAUUUCGUCCAUCCUGAAAAUAGCAAAAAGGCUUGCGUGGAAGCAUGUGGCAUGGAUCUCUCAACCUUGGUACCACCACGGCCAGAACGUAAACGACCACGGAGCCCAAUGGUUCACUACGGUUUGAUUGCUUCGGGAAACCAGUUGAUGAAAGAUGCUUUUUAUCGGGAUGAACUUGCGGAGAAAUGGCAGAUUCUCUGUUUUGAGAUGGAGGCAGCAGGACUGAUGAAUGACUUUCCCUGUUUAGUUGUUCGUGGCAUAUGUGACUACUCGGACUCGCAUAAGAACAAAGAAUGGCAAGCAUAUGCGGCGAUGGCAGCCGCCGCAUAUGCGAAGGAUCUUCUGUAUACAAUCCCUCCAAGCGGAGUUGAGGAUGAGAAGAAGAUCAGCGAGGUUCUAUCUGGUUAG